AAAAAGAUUUAGCCCAACUCGCCGGCGGUUACUGAGCAGAUCAGACUUCUCUUGUUCACACACCUCGCUCGGCUUCCUCUGGAACCAUGUCUGACAAACCCGAUAAUGCUGAGAUUGAGACAUUCGAUAAGUCGAAAUUGAAGAAGACGGAAACGCAGGAGAAAAACCCACUGCCUUCAAAAGAAAAGACUGAACAGGAGAAGUAAGCAGGCGCAUCGUAAUGAGGCAUGCGCUGCCAAUUUGCACUGUACAUUCUACAAGCAUUGCUUUCUUAUUUUGCUUCUUUUAGAUGUUUAAGCGUGUAAGAUGCAAAGAGGUUGGAUCAGUUUAAGUGACUGUGCUGCCCCCUUUCACGUCAGAACUACUGACCACGAAGGCCGCACCUGUGCUCCCAUCUGCCUGGCUGGCUGGAGGGGAAGGGGGGAACUUGCAUGUUAGUGAAGGAAGGAGCUGGAUGGGACAAGGGUGAAAUUUAGAAUAAACACCAAGCUGGUCCAAGGGGUCCUGCAGCUGUAAAAUGAAGUUUUUUUUGUUCAAAUGAUUUUAAUUAUUGGAAUGCACAAUUUUUAAUAUGCAAACAAGAAGUUUUAAAACCUG